CUUGUUUAGGACUGAAGCCAGAAUGUCCAAAGCUAGCCGGGAAGCGUACAUGGUGAAAUUUGUUGAACAUAAUGGACAUAAAAGUGAACUUGGCCUCAAGGCUUAUGAGGCCAUAGUGGAGCUGCAGUCGGAGAAAUAUGUGCAGACUGUAGAUGAUGAAGCGGUGCUGGAGUUGGAGCACAAUGACAAGUCCCUGUACGUGUUCAGCGAUUUUACCAGCGAUGCAUUUGAGCACUGCAGGAAGCUGGGGUGCAGGAUAGUGAGUCCUCUGGUGGUGCUGUUCUGCCUACAGCAGCAGAGGUGUGUACCAAAGGCAGAGCAGCCAGUUUACAACAUGGCCAUGGCUGAUGUUACAGUGACCUGCACCAGUCUGGAUAAAGAAGCGCGGACAGAGGUGAUGGACUUGGUCCAGCUGAUGGGUGGGCGGAUCUACAGAGACCUCAAUGUGUCUGUUACUCACCUGGUGGCAGGUGAGGUGGGAAGUAAAAAGUAUUUGGUGGCAGCCAACCUGGGGAAGCCUAUCCUUUUGCCAACCUGGGUCAGAGCAUGCUGGGAGAAAUCUCAAGACAGCUUGUUCCGGUACUCGGACCUGCGUUUGGAGGAUUACUUGUGUCCUGUUCUCAAAGGUUGCAUUGUGUGUGUGACGGGUCUGUCAACGGUGGAGCGCAAAGAGGUUCAGAGGCUGUGUGAGCUGCACGGUGGGAGCUACACUGGCCAGCUCAAGAUGAACGAAUGCACUCACCUCAUCGUCAGCGAACCCUCAGGUCAGAAGUACGAAUUUGCGAAGAAGUGGAACGUGUACUGCGUCACGAUUCACUGGCUCUUUGACAGCAUUGAGAAAGGUUUCUGUCAGGAUGAAAGUCGUUAUGCUGUAGAGCGAGAGGACAAGAGGAAGGACAAGCCUGGCAGACCUAACACGUCCACUCCCACUGGCUCAAAUAAGACAGAUGGACCGUCUUUGCUUGGACUGAGCCAUAUAUCAAAUGUCAGCGUUAAUGUCAACGAAACAGCCAUGACCACUGCAACAAUGAGCCGCAUAGAGACUGCUGAUCCGAUUGACGCAUUCGAUGUUACCGUCUGUCCAGCAGAUGACUUAUUAGAUGGCUGCAAGCUGUACCUGUGUGGCGUGGUGGGAAAAAGGUUGGAGAAACUGCGCCGGUUGGUGAACUCUGCAGGAGGCUUACAUUUUAACCAGCUUGGUGAAGAACUUACACACAUCGUAAUGGGAGAACCAGACCAGGAUGUCAAAAGUUUUCUCGCUAAAGCAUCUCACAGGCCGCAUAUCGUCACAGUCCAGUGGUUGCUGGAAAGUUUCUCUCAUGGCUCUCUGCUUCCAGUAGAGAGGUACUUCCACCCUUCAUUCAUCCCUCCUGUUCCGACUCAAGUCGACAUUCCUGCCCCCCGUCCUUCUACCUCACGUCUCUCUAGACCAUCUUUUGCUGCCCCGCCUCCCCCCAGCCCUAACCGACAUGCCAGGGCUGAGGAAGAGUUACUCUCGCAGUACGUGGACAAUAACCAGACUGUAGUGGAGUUACCUCCACCUUCAGAUAACAAAAACAAGACUUGCAUGUCUGAACUAUCAGACCCAGCUGCACCAGGGCAUGACUCGACUGUAGCUGAAUCUUCAGAGGGAGGUAUGUUUACUGGAAAGCGCUUCCUCCUGGUGGGCUUCAGCGCAGAAGCAGAGGCUCAGCUCUCAAUGUUGAUUGUGGAGAACUAUGGGAAGGUUUUGGUUGGCCGUUUCAGAGGCGUGGCCGAUUACGCCGUAGUUCCUCUGCUGGGCUGUGAGGUGGAGGCCACAGUGGACGAAGUGAUUACAGACACAUGGCUGGCCAUGUGUGUGGAGCAGCAGUGCGUUCUCCCCGUGUCAUCUCAUCCACUUUUCACCCCCGUCGUGGUGAAGGAGGGCUGCUCUCCUCUCACGGACUGUGUGCUGUCCGUUAGCCAGUUUAUCGGAGCCGAGAGAGAGUCGCUCAUUCAGCUUGCUAAAUAUUUGGGAGCAAGUGUCCAGGACUAUUUUGUGCGCACCGCUAAUCAAAGGAAAGGCAUGCUGGCUAGCACUCACCUUGUCCUGCAGACACCUGAGGGCACCAAGUACCAGGCAGCAAAGAAGUGGGGGCUGCCUGCCGUAACCAUACGCUGGAUCCUAGAGUCCGCCAGAACGGGCAAGCGUGCUGAGGAGGCGCGCUAUCUGGUGGAUCUGCCGCCAUCUCCUGAGCACAGUGAGGACAGUUUCAUCGGAGCGUCUCAGAAAGCUGCAGGCCCUUCCAUGCCUGUGCGUCUCUCACCAGAGAUUCCUCUGCUAGGUCCACAGAGCAGCGACGCUGUAACACCUCUGGACACGGGCCGUCUGCAGAGCCGCAGUGUCCACUCGGUUCUUCGCAAAAUGAAGAACGGCGAGGAGGGAAAGCAGGAUGUCACAACGCCAGCUCAAGAAGAAGGCAGAGGAAGCUUGCAGAAAGAGCUUCAGCUGGACACGCCGUCUCGCUUCCUCAGUAGGGACCGGCUGUUCGGACCUUCCUUUAACGUUAAGGAAGUGUUCGACCAUUUAAAAACACCUGGCAAUAAGCCUCAGCAGGGUGAGGGGGCGGAGACUCCCCUGAGUGAGGUGAUCGAAAGGAAUUUAAAAGCAGCAGUCGCCAAUAGCAACCGCAGUCAAGCCAUGAGCCUUGCUGCCCUGACUGCAAGUCCUCAACUGGCCAAAGAGCCAGAACUAAAAAUACAUGAACAGGUAGAGGAAAAAACCUCAGAUCCUCUUAACGGAGUGGUGGUUUGUGUGAGUAAGAAACUCAGUAAGAAACAGAGUGAGCUAAAUGCAAUGGCUGCAUCCUUAGGAGCAGACUUCAGGUGGUCUUGUGAUGAUUCGGUCACCCACUAUAUUUACCAGGGCAAAGUGGGAGACAACACCAAAGAGUACAGGGCAGUGAAGGAAAGAGGGCUGCACAUUGUGUCCCAGCAUUGGUUGCAGGCGUGUGCAGAAGAGCAGAAACGAGUGUCUGAAUCACUCUACCCUUUCACCUUUAACCCUAAAAUGAGUUUGAUGCUGAGCCAGGUGACGGACAGCACCCAGAAAUCUCCUCCCCCGUCCACAUCCCGCACCAAAUCCAGAGCCUGUAAUCAAAAUGAUGACACACAAAUAGGGCCUGUGGACAUCACAGCAGAGAUUUCUACUCCUCAAAAUAAAACUGCAGAAAGAGAACAGAAGCAACUGACCAGCAGUGAAAGAAAAGACCUGACAGAGACACUGGAGAUGAGGGAGAGCUUGCAGAAGCAGCUACAGGAGAUUAUGUCCGCCACGAAGCUGACUAGUGGUCGGAGAGCCUCCUCUAGAUUGGCUCGUGUGGGUUCAGUGGGACUGGACUCCCCACACACGCCAGAGGUUUUAGGGCGGAUGGGUAGACGCAGCAGGACGCUGGAGGCUUUACGCAUGUCCCGUCAGACUGCAGUGGAUGUGAACACAGAAGCGUCUCAGAGUGAGCAGAUAGUGUGGGACGACCCCACGGCAAGAGAGGAAAGGGCGAAGCUGGCUGAUAACCUGCAGUGGCCGGGCAGUCCUUCUCAACAUUCAGAGCCUCUCGCCAUCGUGCCUCCACCACCCAGUGAUCAAAACGCCAGAGAUUCCAUGACCGACUCUGAACUUGUGGAGAUGGCUGCCUGUGAUGUAAUAGAGGAGCACAUGAAACGGACGGUGACCCCACCAAGAGUCAGCACUGAGCCUCAGGCUCCCAAAAGGCCUGAAUCCCCGAGUACUGCUUUUCCUAUUUCUAAGGCUUUGAUGAUGGUAUCUAAACUACAGCCCGAGGAGGAGAAGGAAAAGGAGAUUAAGGUGGUGAAAAAGGAGCCUCCACGCUUUCAGUUGUCUUCACUUAACCCACAGGAGCGCAUUGAUUACAGUCACUUAAUUGAGGAGCUGGGUGGUGUCUUACUCGAAAAGCAGUGUUUUGACCCUAGCUGUACUCACAUCAUUGUGGGUUAUCCUCUGAGGAAUGAGAAAUACCUGGCUGCCAUGGCAGCAGGCAAAUGGAUCCUGCACCGCUCGUACCUGGAGGCCUGCCGCGCCGAGGGAUAUUUCAUACCCGAAGAUGAUUAUGAAUGGGGAAGCCACUGUAUUCUGGAUGCUCUUCCCUCCAUAAACUCACAACAGAAGAGACUGGCACUAGCAGCAUUGCGCUGGAGGAAAUCGUUACAGGGUCGCACCAAUAAAGAGGGUGCAUUUGGUGGCUGGACAGUAAUGUUGAACAUAGACCAGGCCAGAGACUCAGGAUUCAGAAGAUUGCUGCAGUCUGGAGGAGCAAGGGUAUUGCCAAGCCCAUCUCCCCCUCUGUAUAAGGAGACCACUCAUCUCUUCGCAGACUUCAGCCGACUUGGACCAAAUGACGUGAAAGUGGAUGUGACUGAAGCCAUGUCCUAUGGUGUUAAAUGUCUCAGGCCUGAGUACAUAGCUGAUUAUCUCAUGCAGGACCCCUCACCACCAAUGGAUGCAUAUUAUCUUCCGUGUGCAGCGACGCAUGGGCUUCCCGAGAACUCGUAUCAAGGCCAGAACACUCCCUCACGCAAGCGCAAGGCCUCAGGGGACACAUCGGCCGUGAAGAAGACCAGAGUUAGGUGAAAUCGGUUUUAGCCGAGAGAUAAGUCAGUUUAAUGUGAAUUGUAACUUUUAACCUACUUAUAUACUUGUUUUGUUUAAUGAAAAUAAAUGCACUUCUACUAAAAA